AUGUCCAACUCAUCACAUCCCAUCUCACCAUCAGACACUCACGAUAAGCAGGAAAUUACCGUAGGAGACUAUGUAGUCAAUGCAAAAAUAGGACAAGGUUCAUUUGCAACUGUCUACAAAGCGCAGCACAAGACUACUCAACGUAUAGUAGCCAUCAAAUCAGUCUCAAGGUCAAAGCUGACCAAGAAGCUUCAAGAGAACCUUGAAUCAGAAAUAUCAAUCCUCAAAGCUAUCAGACAUGAUCAUAUCGUUGGUCUGAUAGAGUGUCAAAAUGCUACAAAACAUAUCCACCUGGUGAUGGAAUAUUGCUCUGUAGGUGACUUGUCACAAUAUAUCAGACGUAUCAGAAGCCACAAGUCAACACGCGGGCCUGCAGGAGGAUUGCCAGAGCAUGUAGUACGCCAUUUCCUCAAACAAUUAGCCUCUGCCCUACAAUUCCUACGAUCCGAAAAUCUUAACCUUUUGCUAGUUCUUCCACAAGAACAUCCAAACCCUCGUUUCAGAGACUCCGAGAUCCCAAUUCUCAAAGUAGCCGACUUUGGAUUCGCACGAUUCCUACCAAAUGCCAGUCUUGCCGACACUCUAUGUGGCUCACCUCUUUACAUGGGUCCUGAAAUCCUGUCUUACAAAAAAUACGAUGCAAAGGCAGAUCUUUGGAGUGUAGGUGCUGUACUGUACGAAAUGAUCACCGGUCGUCCUCCAUUCCGUGCACAGAAUCAUCUUGAUCUUUUGAAAAAGAUUCAGGAUAAUGGAGAUCGAAUCAGAUUCCCAGACGAAAAACAGCAACAACAACAACAAUCAGAUCCUAAUAAUAUCAAUAUUAAUAAUAACAAUGUAUCAAACUCAAAUACACCAAAUAACAUAAAUAAUUCAUCAUCAACAACAACAACAUCAUCAUCAUCAAGACAAGAGGUUGUUGAGAUUGGAGCUGAUCUAAAAGAUCUGAUUCGUAAAUUACUAAAGAAAGAACCAGUCGAACGUAUUUCAUUUGAGGAAUUCUUCCUUCACCCUGCCGUUUUUGGUACUCCAGAAAGCACAGAAACAGGAGGACAAUCCGAAGAAGAAUCCGAAGAAGAAAAAGGCGAAAAUGAAACAAUUGGAAAUCUAAACGGAAAUGGAGUAAACGGUGAAUACGGAUAUCUCGACCGAUAUAGGUAUAUCGACAAUCACAACAAGGCCAAGGACAAGGGCAAAGGCAAAGGCAAAGGAAAGAGCAGAAUUAACGUUCAAGACACCGGCAACACCAAUGGAACUAGCAAUAACAACAGAAUCUAUUCUCGUUCAAGAGACAGUAAUAACAGCGACAAUAAUAACAAUAAUCAUAAUCAUAAUAAUUACAAUUAUGAUACCAAUGAGAAUGACAAUGACAGAGAAUACCGUCAAUACAAUAACCGCCAACAGUCACCUAACACGCCACCAUCCAGAUCAUCAUCAACUGUCAGUGCUCGUACCCCUCGUUCAUCAGACAGACCUGCUCUUGUCAGCAAAUCCCGCUAUGACCCUGCGUCUUAUGAACCACCACCGUUUGCCAAUCCACCAAAUACCCCACGACAAGCACUUGAGCGUAGGCGAUCUUCCAGAACCGAAAACCGACCCACUGUAAAUCACUAUCAAAGUGAGAAUACAUUUGAUAAUACCCCAUCUAUAUCAAACUUAGGAUCUGGAUCUGGAUCUAGAUAUGGAUCACCUUCUAGAGGAAAUACAGGCCCAGAGGAUGGCGAAGAAGACGUCUUGCGAGGAUAUGUAGUCCUCAAUCGAAAGCUUAUUGAAACAAACCAAUUUGCUGAUGACUUGGACGGUAGAACUCAUCAGGGUAAAAUUACUGGUUCAGGUUCAAAUGCUCAACAUACGCCUGGAACCUCGCCAGUUACUCCUCCACCAAUCGUCCGAGAACGAAAGAUCAGCACAGGGCCUGGAGGGUCUGCAUUGACAAAGGCACUCUCGAUGGCAUCGGUUCGGCUGUUCGGAUUUGCUCAUCCUCCCCAGAACACCAGCAAACUUCCGCUCAGUAGAGUUGGAUCUCCUAAAGGGUUCUUGGAAACCAAUCCGGACAAUGGCUAUAGCGGUGGAAUGAUGUCCGAGAUUGAACAGAUUGCCUGUAUGGCACAUGCUGUGGCCUGUAUGGCUGACAGUAAAUACGAAAAGUUGACCAGAGGAGCAGGAAUUGAUCCAAACAAUAACAGCAAUGAGAAUUAUCACCAGAUGGCAGAGGAAGCAUAUGUACUACAUAUCAAAUCGCUUGCUCUUCUUGAACAAGGCUUGGAUACUGCGAGAAAAUAUUGGACCAGAGUGUCGGAUGAGCAGGCCCGAUUGGUGUUUGGGCGGCUCAAUGAGUCCGUCCAGUGGAUGCGAGAACGGUUCAAUGAGUGUCUUGACCGAGCGUCUCAUGAGGGAUCUAAGAUUGGCGAUGAAGAAGGCAGUACAUUUGUUCAGAAAUUGCUGUAUGAGCGUGCUCUUGAAUCUAGCCGAGCUGCAGCUGUUCUUGAGCUUGUUGGUGAAGAUUUUCCAAAGUGUGAACAAAACUACCAAACGGCCAUUUGGUUAUUGAGUGCUAUUAUGCAACAUGAAGAAGAAGGAAUUGUACUAGAAGAGAACGAUAGAAGGAUUAUUAACAAGUUCAUUGACUCUAUCCGUACCCGAAUAUCCGCUCUGCGGAGGAAGAUGAAGAGACCAACCGAAGAUCCUAAUACAGCUUUUUUACUUUGA